AUGCUGUCGGAUGCAGCGCUGUACGGAUGGUUGGCCCUGCCGGUAAUAAUAGCCUGGUUCGCAGCAAACACAUACUAUGGCUACCGUCGAUUAAAACACAUACCCGGACCACCGGGUGCCGGACUCUCCAUCUGGUGGCUCCUGCGGUCUACUCUUGGCGGCAGGACACACCUCGACUUGUACGAGGUGUGUCGGAAAUACGGCCCAAUCGCCAGAGUCGGGCCCAACGAUGUAGUAACCAGUGACGCGAAACUCGCCAUGCAUAUACUCGGUGCCCGCUCGCAGUAUACACGGUCAUCUUGGUACAACGGACUGCGGUUUGAGCCCGGCAAGAACAACAUCAUUUCCAUGAGGGACGAUGCCCUCCACGCCGUGAUGCGGUCGAAAAUGGCCGGCGGGUACUCUGGCAAGGAGGUCGAGUACCUCGAGUUCAAGAUUGACAAGUCUGUCACGAACCUGGUCAAUCUGCUCGACUCGUACGUACGUGACGGCCGGCCGUUUGACUUUGCCCGCAAGAUACACUUCUUCGCCCUCGACGUCAUCUCGGAGCUGGCGUUUGGAGAGCCCUUUGGCGACCUGACGACGGACUCUGACGUACACAACCUGGUUACGGAUAUUGAGACCUAUUUGCCCUACCUGAUUGUGUCCACCGUCAUGUCGUGGAUGAUCCCGGUUCUCGGGCUGCCCAUUUUCAGGCCCCUCAUGCCUUCGGAGCACGACGUGCUUGGCAUCGGCCGCCUGGUAGGGUUCGUUAUACGCCUCACCGCCGUUGAUGACUCUAUACUGAUUCCAUGGUGGUGCAGAAUCGCAAAGAGGGUGGCGGCGGAGCGGUACGGGCCAAGCAGAAAGAUCCAGAGGGACAUGGUGGGUUCCUUUGUCGCCAGGGGAUUGACGCAAGAGCAAACCGAGAGUGAGAUUGCCGCGCAAAUCAACGGCAGCAUCGCCGGCUCCGACACCACCGCGACGGGCAUCCGGGCCACGUUCCUGCACGCCAUCACCAAUCCCCGCGUGCUAGCGCGGCUCCAGGCCGAGAUUCAGGAAUCCGAGUUAAGCUGGCCCGUUGCUGCGGACGCCGAAAUCCGCAAGAUGCCAUUUGUGCAGGCCACCAUCAAGGAAGGGCUGCGCAUGCUGCCGCCCGUGGCCGGCUUCAUGUCCAAGGAGGUUCCUGCCGAUGGGGACUGUUGGAACGGUCUCUCGUUCCCACCGGGGACUAGGAUAGGGCUGUGUAUGAUGGGGAUAAUGCGCCAGAGAGAUGUGUUUGGAGCGGAUGCGGACGAGUUUCGGCCGGAGCGAUGGCUCGGGGCGACGCCGGACAUGGAGGCGACUUGGGGUCUCGUGUUUGGCUCAGGGAAAUGGGCGUGCUUGGGCAAGAACAUUGCCCGGAUGGAGAUGAACAAGGUGCUGGUUGAAGUGAGGCUUUUUGUCGAUUCUUUGUUUUGCAAAAACCUGUCUAAUUGGUUCGCGCUUACACUUUUUGACAGGUCCUGA